AUGAACGGACAGCUGUCCAACAACAAUUUUCCGCCUCUGGCGGGACCUCCCAAUGCCGGACGGCCGGGGCCCAAUCUGUCUGAUCCCAAGUUGAACUCGUUAGGUUCAUCUACGUACGAUCUUCACAAUAUGGAACAUUCACAGCCAGCUGCAAACACGUUUGUGAAGAAGCAGGAUCCGUCAGACGACCCGGGCUAUUUGGACUGGGCGUCCAACCUACUAAUGGGCCAGAACCCGGAGUUCAUGGCCUCUCCGUAUGAUUUUCCAACUACGGCAUCUGCAGCCCCACCACCCAAUAAUCCCAUCAUGCAACGAAUCCAGUAUCAGAAUAGUGUGUAUGCCGACAACCCACCUGAGAUUCGCACCACUACGACGAAACAGCGCCGGCCCUGUGAUAACUGCCGCCGUAGAAAGACCAAAUGCUUGGUUCUCCCUGGCGCUAGCACCUGUUCUCAGUGUGACGCCAAGGAUAUAGCAUGCACCUUCAAUUCUCACACACAUUCAAAGGAGCCGGAGCCUAAACGAGCGAAGUUGAACGACUCGGUGUUGAGUCAUCACGAUAUCAUUCCGCCUAACGUGCCCAUUCGAACAGUGGCUCCAGUGCAAGACUAUUCGGCCAUGAACAAUUCACUUCUCAAAAAGACUCUCUCUCUACAGUUCCCGCGCUCCUCAUUCUAUGUAGGUCCUACUUCGUAUUUGUUCGACAACAAUCUUUUGGAGGUCGUUCUUGGGGCUCAAGCAAAACCCCCAUCAGCGCCCGGUUCGGGUCCUUCAAGCCACAAUAAAAUUGAGCAAGUAAAUUUGAGUGACUCUAUACUGCUCCGAAAAGUUGGCCCACGUACUCAAUUUGUUCUCAAAGACGAUCAAUCGAAGCACUCAUUCCAGAACAUGACGACAGAUGUUGAUUCCAUUGAGAAAUUUAUAGCUCCCCAUGGCCAGAUCCUCAUAGAUCUUUACUUUCGAAUAAUCCAUCCCUCAUAUCCCGUGCUUCACAAGAAAGUUUUCUUGGAGAAGUAUUCCCGGACCCACAGAGAAUUCAAUGCACCUCUUUUGGCUGCAGUAUACGUUCUCGCCAUCCAAUGGUGGGAUUAUGACCCUCAUUUGAACAGAUAUCCUAAACCCAAUGUUGAGCUUAUUCUCAAAAUCGCUCUCACAAACUACACUUUGGAGAUUCUCAAGCGCCCCAAAUUGAGUGCGGUUCAGGCCGGGCUAUUAUUGUUGCAAUGCAAACAUAUCCUUCAUGCUAAUAACGAAGAACGAGCACCAAAAGAUUCCAUUUCUCAAGCUUCUGCUCUUUUGAACUCGUCCUUCAAUGAUUCUGACUACAAUGAUUGGGUAUUGUGCUCUCAAGUCGUUGCAUUAGCGGAAGAAUUGGGCUUGGGUCUCGAUUGCGACAAUUGGAAGCUUCCGAAGUGGGAAAGAGGGCUUCGAAAAAGACUUGCUUGGGCAGUCUAUUUGGAGGACAAGUGGUUAUCGUUGAAAAACUCACGGCCGCUGCACAUAAAUGACAUCAACUUCAUUGUUCUGGAAUUGGCUGAGGAAGAUUUCCCAGAAAAGCAUGGCGAUGGUGACUUGAAAGAAGGUUCAUCAGAUAUCACAAAUGGAAAGAAAAAUUUCAUGAACCUCAUCGGAUUGUCGGCUAUUGUUUCUGAGAUCUUAGAUUCGUUUUUCUCUAUGAAGGCCAUGCGGGAUAUCACGGAUAUAAAUGAGGUCUUGCGAAUUGCAAAGCCCAUUCAACUCAAGCUUCGUCUAUGGUACCACUCUUUGCCUGUUGAACUCCAAAUGAACUCAGUGCAGCCCCGCAAAUUGUGCUCGAAUGGGUAUCUUCAGCUCGCUUACUUUGCCGCCGAGUUAACUCUCCACAGGAAAAUUAUAACAACUAUUUAUCAGCAAAGUUCGAAAGGCUCAAGUAUUUCGGAGGAGUUGGUAACAGUCUGCCGGACAGCAGCCAAGACCAGACUCUUGGCUUCGAUUGAGUUCGUUCGUGAUCUAAAACCCGAACACAUUCAUUCAUUCUGGCACUGUUCCUCGACCUCAAAUAUCACAUUAAUUGGAACUUUUGCUGCUUUGCUUUUUAUUUCUGCCACCUCAAAGGAGGAGGCUGAGAGCUAUAAAGAACAUAUAUUCAACUACCGCUGGAUUUUGAAGAUAUCCUCUAAGGGAUUCCCACAGGUCAGUGAUGCUUUGCAAAAGCUCGACCUAGUUCUUAACCAAAUUCCUGGUUUAUUGACUGAGAGUACUGAGCAGCCUACAAUGGUCCCAAAUGUUCCCACAAUUGAUCAUAGCAAAACAGCUCAGAAACUCCUGCCCUUUAGUCAACAACCAAUGCGCCUGCCUUCGGUACAAAGUCAUUCACAACAGGCGCAAAACCUGCCUUCAGUUCACCAAGUUCCAACUGUUCACGCUGCCAAGAAUACCGAAAUGAAUUCUCCCAUGCUGACCUAUGGCCAAAAUCACCCAAGUCUCCACACUGCGUCAAACAGCCUCUUUCUCAGCAACCAAGCCGCGACAAAUAGAGCCAAUUCUUCUGUCCAAAACAGGGAGAAGGACAAUGUUCAUCCUGGGUCCGCUCAGUCCUUCCGAAUUCCAUCUCAUGCCUCUGUGCAAUCACCUUACAAUUCUCCACAACCAUUCCAGCAAGGGAACACGAGCGCACGAGGGAGCCAGGUGGGCAACUCUCCUCAUUCAUCGCGGGGAUUGUCGCCAGAGAUAAUUCGCCUGCAGAAGUAUGUGACGAGCGAGGAUUAUUCCAAUGAACAGCCGGGAUUAGCUCGACACAACUCCCAUGAUUCAUUGAAGCAAGAAAAUUAG